AUGUUUACAGGAAUAGUAGAGCUAAUGGGUACUGUCGCGGAGUACAAUCCUCAAGACAAUAGUGCAUCGGGUGGCCAAGGUGUUUCAGUGACUAUUAAAGGUGCAUCUGCUAUUUUAAAUGACUGUCAUAUUGGAGACAGUAUUGCUUGUAAUGGGAUAUGUUUAACAGUUACUGAAUUCGACAAAGACACUUUCAAAGUUGGGAUCUCCCCAGAGACUAUUGUACGUACAGAUGUUUCUGAUUGGGUUACUGGUACAAGAAUAAAUUUAGAACGUGCAGUAUCGCAAGAGGUUAGAUUUGGUGGACAUUACGUUCAAGGACAUGUUGAUACAGUGGCUAAUAUUGUCUCUGUAACGCCCGAAGGUAAUUCUUUAGUAUUUGGUUUCAAAUUAAGAGAUUCACAAUAUGAAAAAUUUAUUGUAGAGAAGGGAUUUAUUUGUAUUGAUGGUACUUCUUUAACAGUCACACAAGUUGAUGCCGAUGGUACAUUUUAUAUUGCAAUGAUUGCACAUACUCAAGAUGUUGUAGUAAUGCCUUUAAAGAAGAUUGGAAGUUUAGUAAACAUUGAAGUUGAUCUUACAGGUAAACUUAUUGAAAAACAAAUUUCUGUUGCAUUACAAAAUCAGUUUGAUGAUUCUCAUUCAACUUUAAAUAAGCUGAUCGAACAAAUCAUAGAUGAGAAAGUUCAAAAAUAUCUAUCAACAAAAUAA